UCUAUCUUUACCGCUCUCAACACCUGCAAACUUCCCUGACCUCGAGCUCGCGACCUCCGCCGAUCCUGGUUCCAUCCGAGCGCUGACGCUGCUUCCGCUCGCCCACCGUCGCCUUCCUCCCGCGACACCUGCAACCCGUGAGAUCCCGACGUCACCACUCCGCCUCUCUCUGCUCUACCGUUGUUCCGCAGGUCUCGCCUGUGACGCUCACCGAGCCGCUCCGUGUCUGUGACCGCCCAGCGCCCGUGCUCUGUCCCUGCAGCUAGAUCCGACCACCGUGACCUCCGACCAAUGACCCGACGCUGCAAACGCUGGUGAUCUGUCCCACCGCGCCCCUGCAGCUGCCACCGCCUCGCCUUGGCUGCUCGCCAGCCUUGCUCCGAGCUCCCCUCCUGAGCUCCGCCGCCAGAUCCAGCUCCUCGUCACGCUGCUUCCUCAUCUGCGUUCAUCUUCUUCCUCGUCUCGCCAUCUGCUUCUUUGUUAACGACAUCUGCUUCUUUGUUAAUUUAUGUGCUGAACAAAGAUAUUCUUUAAUUUUGAGCCUUCCACAAUUAGAUUAUUCCUGUUUUGCACUUCAAAUUAACUGGAACAGAUACUGAAGAAUUAAGUUCUCUGUUUCUGUCUUAUUAUGGAGCUUAAAUCAGAAAGUUGCUGCUCAAUGUUAAUGGCCAAAAGGAAAAACCUGAUUGAAACGUUAGUGUAGCUAUGAUUUUUUAGUAAUGUUUAUAUGUUCAAUAUGACAUACUUUGUUGGUAUUUGCUGCAAAGUGAAACAAUAGUCUUCACUACGAAAUUUAUGAAAUCGAUGUUGAAGCAGGUGGGCAUUAUAUCCUCCGGGAAAAGUGCCUUUGGGUGUUACAGUACAUGUGAAUGAAGACGAUGGUGAUGUCAGUGUUCAGAAUCCAUCAUCAUUGCAGUGGUGGCUGGAUUUUUAUCCACUUCUUGCCGAUGAAGAUAAACCAAUAGAAUGUACCCAACUUCCUGGAGAGACGAUAUUUGUUCCUAGUGGCUGGUGGCAUUGCGUCCUAAAUUUGGAGACAACAGUUGCAGUAACACAAAAUUUUGUCAAUUCAAAGAAUUUUGAGUUUGUAUGCUUGGAUAUGGCUCCUGGUUAUCGUCAUAAAGGAGUGUCACGAGCUGGGUUGCUAGCUGUGGAUGGAGGCAUGUCUGGCAAAAUUGAAAUGGCUGAUCUUCAUCAAUUUGAUACUAGUGACUCGAAUUCAACCAGAAAAGAGAAGAGGUUAAGAACCCAACAUGAAGACCAGUUGACCAAUGGCGGAACUGCAAAUGGUGCAUCUAAACGUUAUGAUAUGUGGAAGCAAGAGUUCUCCUAUGAUAUAGAUUUCUUGGCUAUGUUUUUGGAUAAAGGAAGAGACCACUACACGUCUCCUUGGAGUUCAGGGAACUGCAUAGGACAACGGGAAAUGAGAGAAUGGUUAUUCAAGCUUUGGGUUGGCAAACCGGAGAUGAGAGAACUAUUAUGGAAGGGGGCAUGUCUUGCACUGAAUACAGAGAAGUGGUUGAAAUGCUUAGCAGAAAUUUGUUCUUUUUACAAAUUGCCUUAUCCAAUGGACAUUGAGAGGCUUCCUGUUGGCACAGGUAGCAAUCCGGUAAUCCAAGUUGGAGCACAAGUCUCAUGAACUAUUUCAGAAAUUUGGUGUAUAUAAAUUUAUGUUUCAUAUGGUAAACAAGCAUUUUAACUGUUUGCUACAACGGUGGAUUGUACAGCAAUUUUUAUGCAAAACAGGUUCCAAUAUAAACAGGGUCAACCCUGUUCCCGGACCGGAAAAACAGGGUGGGCCGGGAACAGGGUCCAAUAAAAACAGGGUAGGGAACAGGGUCCAAAAAAGGAGAACCGGUUAUAACAGGGUAGGGAACAGGGUCCAGGUCUAGACCCUACCCACCCUGGACCCGCUCACCCCUAGG